CGCCCGGUGCCCGCCAUGCUCUCCGGGGCGCCGCCGCCGCCCGCCGGCUUCCCCAGCCCGCCGCCGCCGCAGCCGCCGCCGCCGCCGCCGCCCGCCGCUCCCCCGCACGGGCCGCCGCCGUUCCCGGGGAAGGGCGGCCUGCAGAUCCGGAAGAAUGCCAUCACGGACGACUACAAGGUCACCACGCAAGUGCUGGGGCUCGGCAUCAACGGGAAAGUUUUGGAGAUCUUCAGUAAGAAGAGCGGCGAGAAGUUCGCGCUCAAGAUGCUGCAGGACUGCCCCAAGGCCCGCAGGGAGGUGGAGCUGCACUGGCGAGCGUCGCAGUGCGCUCACAUCGUGCGCAUCAUGGACGUCUACGAGAACCUCUACCAGGGGAGGAAGUGUCUGCUCAUCGUCAUGGAGUGCUUGGAUGGUGGGGAGCUCUUCAGCCGCAUCCAGGACAGGGGAGACCAGGCCUUCACAGAACGGGAGGCUUCGGAGAUCAUGAAGAGCAUUGGGGAAGCCAUCCAGUACCUGCACUCGAUCAACAUCGCGCACCGGGACGUGAAGCCAGAGAACCUCCUGUACACCUCCAAGAGGCCCAACGCCGUGCUGAAACUCACCGACUUCGGCUUCGCCAAGGAAACCACCACGCACAACUCGCUGGCCACACCCUGCUACACGCCCUACUACGUGGCCCCAGAAGUGCUGGGCCCAGAGAAGUACGACAAGUCCUGUGACAUGUGGUCCCUGGGUGUCAUCAUGUAUAUUCUGCUGUGCGGGUACCCCCCCUUCUACUCCAACCACGGGCUGGCCAUCUCUCCUGGCAUGAAGAAGAGGAUCCGAAUGGGCCAGUACGAGUUCCCCAACCCCGAGUGGUCCGAGGUGUCAGAGGAAGUGAAGCAGCUGAUCCGAAACCUGCUGAAGACAGACCCGACCCAGCGCAUGACAAUAACAGAGUUCAUGAACCACCCCUGGAUCAUGCAAUCCAUGCAGGUGCCCCAGACCCCGCUGCACACCAGCCGUGUGCUGAAGGAGGAGAAGGACCUGUGGGAGGAUGUGAAGGAGGAGAUGACCAGUGCCCUGGCCACCAUGAGAGUGGACUACGAACAAAUCAAGAUCAAGAAAAUCGAGGAUUCCUCCAACCCUCUGCUGAUGAAGAGGAGGAAGAAAGCCAACCCCCCCGAGCCCACCACGCUGCCCCACUGAGGGCCCUGCCCACCAGCCCUCCAGAAAGCAAUAACUAUAUAUAUAUAUAUAUAUAUAUUUUUUAAGGAAAAAAAAAGACAAAAAGAAACAGACUGUUCUAUCGAGCGCAUGGAAUUCAGACAUUUAUACCAGACUAGUUAUUUUUAGCUACUCACCUGUGUUUCUGACCUUUCUGGAGCAGGUGGUGAGAUCCCCCCUCAGAUCCACACCUGCAGCCAGGGAUUUUUUUUGUCCUGUAGGUGAACGCCGCCAAUAAUUGGAUUUUUAUUUUUCUUUUGUGAAACAGUUUUGAUUUAUAUAUAUAUAUAUUUU